CUAAAACUUAGCUUAUUAUAUAUGUUUGUUAAAUAAAUUAAUACUGCUAUAUGAUACUUUCAAUAACUAAUUUAGUUUAGAAGAUACCUAUUCACUUCCCUCUCUCACAUUGCGCCUAUAUAUACAAUGUAUGCUUGAGUUCUUUCAUCUUUGUGUUUCUUGGCGGUUAAACAAUAACUUGCUCCAUCCUUUAUCUUUAACCUUUGUCUAGAUUUUGCUCUUUAAGUAGAAAAUGGAGUCAAGUCCUUAUGUUGUGGAAGACCUGAAUGGGGUCGUAAAACUCUAUAGCGACGGUUCCGUUUACCGGGCUGAUUUUGUACCGAUGAAUAUCCCAUUCCACGAUGACCCAACUGUGGUUUGGAAACAGUGCCUAUUUGACCCGCAAAACAACCUCAUCCUCCGUUUAUACAAGCCCGUUUCCGGCCCGGCUCCGGGAGCUAAAUUCCCGAUCGUGUAUUUCUUUCACGGCGGUGGGUUUUGCGCGGGCUCAUGCACGUGGGCCAACAACCAUAACACGUGCCAACGCCUGGCUUCAGGGCUCCAAGCCUUAGUUGUUGCACCCGACUACCGGCUGGCGCCGGAGCACAGGCUCCCAGCAGCCGUGGAUGAUGCCUUGAAUUCCCUCAAAUGGUUAAAAUCUCAGGCUCUUUCCGACAAUCCUGAAGCUUGGUUGCGCGAUGAUGAGGUAGAUUGUGGACGGGUUUGGGUCAUCGGCGACUCCUCCGGCGGAAACAUGGCGCACCAUUUGGCCGUCCAGCUCGGGCCUGGUUCGCCGGAGCUCGCACCGGUUAAGGUUCGUGGCUAUGUUCUGAUGGCUCCAUUUUUCGGUGGGACCUUGAGAACCAAGUCCGAAGCAGAAGGCUUGCCCGAACCUCAAUUGAACCUAGACAUUCUUGACAGGUUAUGGAUGCUAUCAUUGCCGAUAGGGAAAAAUGCGGAUCACCCUCUGGCAAACCCGUUUGGACCUUACAGCAAGAAUCUGGAAACAGUGAAGAUGGAUCCGAUGUUGAUUAUUGCUGGAGAGAAGGAAUUGCUAAAAGAUAGGGUGGAGAACUAUGCCAUGAAGCUGAAGAGUUUUGGGAAAAAAGUUGAGUACGCAGAAUUUGAAGGACAGUAUCAUGGUUUCUUCAUCAACGACCCUUACUCCAAAUUAGGUGACAGAGUUCUUCAACACUUAGAAAGUUUCAUUUCAAAACUUUCUGGUUAGUCAAUGGUGAUAUGCAACAUGCAGACUAUGCAGUUAUGAAUAAUAGUUAACGGAGUGGUUAAUUUGGAAGAUGACACCCAAUACCCCAUAUAUACAACUCUUUUUAUACCUCACCUCUACCAUGCGAUGUGUCCUGGGAGAAUUACAUUCCAAUGAGUUCUUUACCUAUCAAAAUAAGGUUGUUAAAAAAAAUGUAAAGGAGCAAUAAUUGUGGCACGUAUUUUUUGUUUAAAAAAGAGAGC